UUGCCCAUAAAAGUUUUUCAAACACUCCUGCCCAGCCACUGCCCCCGUCACCUCCUUAACUCCUCUCCUCCUUCCCCCGUUUGGCCAUCUUGGCCGGACGAUCGGAGCAAGCCCUGCUUCCACUCGAUGUGCCCAAGAGCGACGGCGCAGCACGGGGGCGCUGCAAUGGCGAGAGCAGCUGCUGCUCAGUGCUUUGUGGAGGAGGAGUAUAUCGACCUGGAUCUCAGUUCUUGCCGGGGGCUCGAGUUCCGGGUGUGCCGGAGCGCGGCGGCGCCCUGCGGGGAUGAGACGCUCUGCAGGGGAAGGCUGCACAGGGCCGUGCCGAGGUCGGGGGCCAAGCAGCAGCAGGAAGCUGAUGCGGGCGGAGGCGGCUGUGGCGGCGGUGGCAGGAGGAGCACCGCGACGGUUGCGCCGUGGCAGCAGCCGCAUGGUGGUGGUGCGGGGGUGCGUAAUGCGCAUCCGGCGAGGCUGCAGCAACCGGAUGGCGCCACCGGCCGGCGCAAGAAGGCCGCCGGGACCGUGCACGCGAAGCUGCAGGCGUCGCGGGCCUUCUUCCGGUCCCUGUUCGCGAGGACCUCGUGCUCCGACGAGCAAUGCCACGGCGUCGGCGUCCGGGCCACCAGGAGCAGGACGGCCACGUCGCCUGUCGGAAUCAAGAACGGCGGAGCUGCCGGGGCCGCCAAGCCGGCGCCGUUUGGCCAAAUCAGGAGCAGCUACGGCAGCUGCAGCGGCAGGGCGGCGGCGCCGACCACCCUGAGGAGCAGCAUUGAGCAGGAGAAGCUCAUGGACGAGGAGGAGCACGCGGCCAGCGUCCGCCAACGGAAGUCCUUCUCCGGCGUGAUCAAGUGGCGUCCAGCGCCGCCGCCGCCGCCGUCGGAACCGACGGCCGCAUCAUCGAGGCCGCGGCCGCCGCCAUCCUCGACGUCGAGGAGGAGCUCAGCCUGCGACCCGCCGCUGAAGAGAUGCAGCAGCGCCCGGUCCGAGUCGGAGGGGCUCAUCCAGGGCGCCAUCGCCUACUGCAAGCGCUCGCAGCAGCAGCUCGUGCUCGCCCGGAAGAGCGUCAGCGACGCCGCCCUCUGCUCCCUGCAAUUCCAAACUCAGCUCUAGUACCGUAGCCUACUCCUCCCUCCCUCCCUUCCUCCUACGUGUGCAUGCUAGCUAAAUUAUAGACGGCUCCCAAAAUGA